ACAUCCUGCCACUGCACCGCCACUUUACGAGGAUUUUCUUGAACAUUACAUUUAAUGUCAGCGCUGUUAAGACGGUUUAAUUUAUCGUUUGCUUUUGAUGUUCGUUGCGUGAAUUAAAUGACUAAUUUACAGACGCUGCAGUGACGGUAUCUGAGUUUGUAUUUGUUGUAAACUGCAGCGACAGUUUCAUCAGCAGCUCUGAGAGUUCCAGGGGAGGAGUCGUGCACAUGGCAGAGCACCACCUCUGUUCUCACUGUUUGUGUGAUAAUUGAAGCAAUAACGGGCUAAAGAAGAUGAACGAGACUUUAUAGAAGAGGUUACACGGGGCUGGUGCACACACAAGACAAGACAUACUGAAACUUCAGGAGGUUAAGCUCUAAAGGGACCAUGCUGCUGCAGAAACUCAGCCUGUGUUCAAGGAUCCCACUGGAUCCACAGAGACACUUAUGCCGGCUGCUCACCAGACCACUGACACAAGCUCUCCAGAGCAGGGCUCAUGGCAGCUCCUUUGCACAUCGCGGCGAACUCCGUCAGGCCAAGAGGAUCGUGGUGAAGCUCGGCAGCGCUGUGGUCACACGAGGCGAUGAGUGUGGUUUGGCUCUGGGCAGGCUGGCCUCUAUUGUGGAGCAGGUGGCGAUGCUGCAGAAUCAAGGCAGAGAGAUGAUGAUUGUCACCAGUGGAGCUGUGGCCUUUGGCAAGCAAAGAUUAAGACACGAGAUCCUGCUGUCCCAGAGUGUCCGACAGGCGCUGCACUCCGGACACAAUCAGCUCAAAGACAUGUCUCUGCCGGUGUUGGAGGCCCGAGCCUGUGCAGCUGCGGGACAGAGUGGCCUGAUGGCCCUGUAUGAAGCCAUGUUCACCCAGUACAGCACCUGUACUGCACAGGUCCUGGUGACAAAUCUGGAUUUCCACGAUGACCAAAAGAGACAGAACCUGAACAGCACGCUGCAGGAGCUGCUUCGCAUGAACAUCGUGCCCAUCAUCAACACCAACGACGCUGUGGUGCCCCCCCCGGAGCCCAAUAGCGACCUGCAGGGGGUGAUCAGCAUUAAGGACAAUGACAGCCUGGCAGCGCGGCUAGCUGUGGAGAUGAAGGCUGACCUGCUCAUUGCGCUGUCUGACGUGGAAGGACUCUACAACAGCCCCCCUGGAACAGAUGAUGCCAAACUCAUUGACAUCUUCUACCCUGGAGACCAACAGUCUAUCACCUACGGUACAAAGUCCAGAGUUGGGAUUGGAGGAAUGGAGGCCAAGGUCAAAGCUGCUCUUUGGGCGCUUCAAGGUGGUACCUCAGUGGUCAUUGCUAAUGGCACCAACCCCAAAGUGACGGGCCACGUCAUCACUGACAUUGUAGAGGGCAAGAAAGUAGGAACUUUCUUCUCCGAAAUCAAACCUGCUGGCCCAUCUGUGGAGCAGCAGACGGAAAUGGCUCGUAGCUCUGGAAGAACGCUGGCAUCUCUGCAUCCAGACCAGAGGAGUGAGAUCAUCUGCCAUCUAGCAGACCUUCUGACUGAAAGGAAGGAAGAGAUUCUGGCCGCCAACAAGACAGACAUGGACCUGGCUGUCAGUGCAGGUCAUUUACCUUCAGCCAUGAUAAAGCGUCUCAGCCUCUCACCCGCCAAACUGAACAGCUUGGCCAUCGGCCUGCGGCAGAUAGCGGUGUCUGCCCAGGACAGCGUGGGUCGGGUGCUGCGCAGGACCAGGGUGGCUCACAACCUGGAGCUGGAGCAGAUCACUGUACCCAUCGGGGUUCUUCUGGUCAUAUUUGAGGCUCGACCUGACUGCCUGCCACAGGUGUCAGCCCUGUCCAUAGCCAGUGGAAACGCCCUUCUGUUAAAGGGAGGCAAAGAGGCGUCCAACACCAACCGUGUCCUCCAUCAGCUCACCCAGGAGGCCCUUUCACUGCAUGGGGUCACACAGGCUGUACAGCUGGUGAGCACUCGUGAGGAGGUGGAGGAUCUGUGUCGACUGGACAAGAUGAUUGACCUGAUUAUCCCCAGAGGUUCGUCCCAGCUGGUGCGGGACAUUCAGCGGGCAGCCAAGGGCAUCCCAGUGUUGGGUCACAGCGAGGGAAUCUGCCACGUCUAUGUUGAUGCAGACGCCAGUGUGGACAAAGUCAUAAAAAUUGUAAGAGAUUCCAAGUGCGACUACCCAGCUGCAUGUAAUGCCAUGGAAACUCUGCUGAUCCACCGGGACAUCCUCAGGACUCCACUGUUUGACCAGAUUAUUGACAUGCUGCGGACUGAACGGGUGAAGAUUCAUGCCGGCCCUCGGUUCGCCUCCUACCUGACAUUCAGCCCUUCCGAGGCCAAGUCCCUGCGGACGGAGUACGGCGACCUGGAGUGCUGUAUGGAGGUGGUGGACAGCAUGCAGGAGGCUGUGGACCAUAUACACAAGUAUGGCAGCUCCCACACAGAUGUUAUCAUCACAGAAAGUGAGGAGACGGCAGAGCAGUUUCUGCAGCAGCUGGACAGUGCCUGUGUUUUCUGGAAUGCCAGUUCUCGCUUUGCUGAUGGCUACCGGUUUGGACUUGGAGCAGAGGUAGGUAUUAGCACAGCUCGUAUCCAUGCCCGAGGCCCUGUCGGCCUGGAGGGGCUGCUCACCACCAAGUGGGUCCUGAGAGGUGAUGGGCAUACAGCAGCUGACUUCUCGGAGCACGGCAACAUGAAGUACCUGCAUGAAAACCUGCCUGUCGGGCAGACUUUAGCCGGACAGAGGGACAGCAACUAGACCAGAGACUUUGACAGCUUUCACUUGGUCUCAUCGUCAUAAAAACUGUUUGUCUUACCCUCAGGAUCUUGUUGAAGAUGUUUAAACCUCUGAAGCACACGAUCUGGAAAAAGUCACUCCUACACCGAUUUUAUAUAGACGACCAGAACGAUGUUCCUGAACAGUUUAUUCUGUUGUUCAGGGACUGAGAGUUUACAAAUGUUUCAAAUUCUACCUCCUCUUACACUUGCGUAUGAGUUAAGCAAGUCGGCCUAGUAGAUUAAUGUAGGAAGCUCGUGUUAAUUAGGGAAACUGAGCAAGAGUUAACUAAGAUUACUUUAUAUAUUAAAUAUCACAGUUGUUUCCAUGCAGUGUAUCAAAGGUGCUUUUUACAAUAAUAUGAUCUCAGGACAUAAUUUCGGAAGUGACUUUAUAAUAUUCCUAAUCAUCAGUAACACAAUGUACUUGUUUCACAGUUUUUUUUGUGUUAAGCUAUUUAGACUUUAGUGUAUCUGUGAUCACAGAUCAGCAGAGAUUCUCUACAUUCUCUAAAAUAUGAUAUAUUUUCUUUAAUGUCAUUCCAUCCUCUCAAAAAGCAAGAUUUGCUUUAAAUGUAGAAAUAAACUGAAGGCUCAGUUUUACUUCAGCAGAUUGCAUCGACUCAUUACCCACAAUGUUCUUAUUCAUUGUCCUGUAAGUGUUUUCUUUGUAUAACAUUCUUUUUCCUUUGUCAACUGUAAUUCUAGGUUGAAUUUUCUGUAUUUUCCUGAAUUUACAGCUAUUUUAAUAUGACUAAGUGCUGGAAUUAGGCAUUUAAAACAUGAGGAAGGUUAUAUUUUACCUCUUUUUAGCUGGUGUUUGCCAUCUAAUACACUUCUUGGGACAAUCCCUUCUUACAUUAUUGAAAUUAAAAAGAAUAUGCGAUACACAUACAAACCAGUCAGAAAAUCUGUGAUCUGUUGAAUAGUAAUGUAAGUGAAAUCCACUCCAACUUGUAUGCAUCCAUUUUUAUUUCCUAUUUUUUUAUUUAUUUAUUUGAUUAUCGUUACAAGUUGUGCUCAUUUUUCCAUGCUUUGUUGCUUUCCUGCUUGUUCCUCGUGGCGCCCAAAGCCUCUGUCAGAGCAGGAAUAGUAAUUGACAAGCUGCCUCCUUCGAGCUGGAGGGGAGAAUGCGACUGCUUUUAAAUUAAGCUCUGUAACAUUCCAGCCUCUGAGCUGCUAUCUGAUGUCUUGCAAUGCGCAUUUAAGGAUUGGUUUUUGGUUAUUUAAUAGCAGCAUUGUCGAAUUAAAAAAAAAUGUUGAAAAAGAA